CCCUUGAUCUUAUGUUUGUUUGAUUUUCUUUUUUUUUAUUAUAUUUCCUCUUGAUCUACACCUGCUGAGAGAUUCGAGGACCAAGAUGAUAUUUCAUAUUUGAAUGGACACCUGCGGCUUUUUAAGUUGUCGUUCUGGUCGCUAGUCUUGAAGUUAGUUACACCGCGAAAUAAUAGUUGGCGUUAGUGUUGUCGUUAAAAAAACAUGGCGUUGUUGUCAUUGAUCUGACAAGAGGAUAUUUCUAUUUUUAUUGAUAAAUGUUACUCGCUCGAACGUGUCCCUUAUAUUGUGCUUUAAGUCAUUUAAAAAUUAAAAGAGUUUAUUAAAGAGCACUAAUUUGGCUUUAGUGACAUGUCAUUUCAAGAAGAUCGUCAAAUCUAGUUAAAAAUGGCUAGUUUUGUUGGAAAGGUUAGGAAUGAAUUACCUGUCGGUGCUAUCAAAGUGGACAGUGCACUGUCAUAUGAGGAAAUUGCUGAGAAAUUACUCAAUGAAAAGCUGUUGCUGACUGCUUUGGAGCUCCAUGCGGAGUUAUCCGAGGCGGGAAGAGAGCUGCCAAUUUUAAGGGAUUUUUUCUCGAAUCCUAACAAUUUUGAAAGCCAAAAUAUCAAACCUGAACCGUACAAUCCAAUGCCCAGGUCCUCCAGUCAAGUCACCUUAGACUCUCUAGAUAUGACAAGGUAUUCUGAAGAUGGCGGUGGGGUCGAUGAGAGAGUGGCAAUCCUUGAAUUUGAACUGCGCAAAGCCAAAGAAAGCAUCUCUGCACUACGAGCGAAUCUGACUGUAGUCACUGAAUCAGAAAAUACAACACCUGAUAAAUCCUCUGAGAAACAAAAUUUAAAUGACCUGCCAAUAAAACCACAUGAACAGCGAGCUUUGAAUUUCUUGAUAAAUGAAUACCUGCUUGGUCAUGCAUACAAAUUGACUUCAAUUACGUUUAGCGACGAGAAUGAGAAUCAAGAUUUUGAAGAUUGGGAUGACGUAGGUUUAAAUAUUUCAAGACCACCAGAAUUAUUGCAAAUCUACAGAGAAUUCAUAAAAUCCAGUGGACAUGAGAGACGAAUGGCUUCUGCAAGUGUUGCUGUACAGACCGAUCCCGUAUCUUUUGAACUAAAUGAUAAUAAGGAAAAAGAAAUUACGAAACUGAUGGAAGAAGUUGAGCGACUGAAGGAGGAAGCUCAGGUUAUGGAACAAGACAGGUCAGAGCUUCAGGAACUUCUUACAGCAACACGUAUAACAACAGACGUAUUAACCAAAGACGGUUUGGUGACAAUAGAAACGACAAAUUCGAAUUCAACAACACCAGAUAAGUUCGAGCUUCUCGAGUCUCCUCCUCAGGACAUCUCAACCACUACUCAGGAACCCGAGGAAGAGGAUUCUGCCUCGGUAGCUGUCAGUCUUGGGGAAACUGAUCCCGGCGAUAGAGAAUGGACAAGGCUCCAAGUACCUAUACUAGACGUCACUGACAGUAUAGCUGUUCUACCGAAUUCUCCGUCUAGAUACUUGCCAUCAAGCUUCAAAAAGGAAGUGUUAGCACUCUGUAUGAUGACUUCGACAAGCUCUGCCAGAAGCAUCAUUGAAGAACCUUUAAAAGAAGGCAUUAGUAAGGACACCGUUACAGAUAUUUUGGCUUAUUCAUUGCCAAGAAUAGUACCAAAUGUUAUCCUUAAUAAACGGGAAGAGGUUAUUCCGCUGAUUCUAACAGCGAUAAGGUUGCACAUGAAUGCAGCUGAAAGAGAGAAAUUAUUACAGCUAUUAUUUAAUUUAAAGAAGAGACCACAGGAAGAAGAGAGGCGAAUCAUAUUAGCUGGACUCGUGGCGAUAGCGAAGCUACGAGACGCGCAGACAGAAGGCGAAGAAAUCAUCAAUCAAUGCUGGGAGCAAUCUCAGCACAAACAUCCGGAAAGAAGAUUACUUGCUGCUGAGUGUUGCUCCAGUAUAGCUCCAUACGCCUCGAGCAAUGUCAGGAACUCAUUAAUCCUCUCAAUGCUCCAGCAGAUGCUCCUGGAGGAUAAAGAUCCUGCUGUACGAGCUGCUGUUGUCAGAAGUCUAGGUCUGCUGGUUGCCUUUAUGGAUGAUCCUGAUAAAUAUUUUCAGUGCGAGGAAUUAAUUCUUACUGCUCUCGAAGAUGUCUCAUCCUUGGUUGUCGAUACGGCCACUUCUGUUUUGUUACCCAUACUCGCUCAAUGGGCGUUGUCUCUCAAGAGACUACAAUCUCAUUUACUACCAAGGAUUAUUGUCAAAUUAAAAAACCAAUUAAGAUCAUCAACACAUCAACAACAUUCACCGGCAAAGGAUAAUCGUUCGGAUGCUGACAGAAUACAAACGUCCAUUGCUGUUUUACAGUGUCUUGUGCCACACACUGUAGUUUGUGUAGCUGAUGCUGCUAUUGUACAUGAAUCUAUUCAGGAAGAGGAAUCUCAAGAUCUACCUGCCUCAUUCCUCACUCUUUGUCGGAUGAAUUUAAUCAAUCCCAUAGUCUUUUAUGACGGGGAAGUAGAUGUCGUAGCGUUGUUGAACACCUUUUUCGCGAAUGCAUGGGAAAAUGAUUCCUGGCCGGAGCUGGAAUGGCUCACUGAGAAACUUAUCCCGGAUCUUGUGGAGAUUGUUAAAUCUCUUGAAGUCAAUCAGGAUGUGAUAUUCAAUGCUUUCCUCACGUAUCUUCAGUCUCUUUGUCUUGGAUUUGGUCGAUACAUUACACAGACGCGGAUCCAGCCUGUAUUCGCUUCUGAAGUUAGCCAAUUGGAAAAGCAAUUGACAGCUUUGACGCCGGAUAAGGGACAGAUGAGUUUAACAUUGUUUCCAGCAUAUCUUAUGGCAGUCUCUACCCUGGAAGUCAAGCAUGUUGUUGAAUCGCUGAAGAGAUUCAUAGUUGCAUUGUCGAUGAACGGCGUUAGCAUCGUAAACCUCCAGGUCGCCGUUGUAAGGCUUUGCAAGCAGCCUAAUAUGCUAGAACAUAUUCUUGGUGCUUUAUGGGACGGAGUCGUUCAUCAAAGACCUAGUGUUAGAUGCGCUACAGCUGUCUUAUUCAGCGCAGUGGUGGCCCAUGUUCCUGAGCGUUUAGCAAAUGCUAGGAUAACACCAGCCAUUGUUACCCUGGCUAGUGAUUCUGAAGUUACCGUCAGAGCAGCAAGUAUACCAGCACUAGGACGGUUAGCUACAGAGUGUACAGCGAGAGAAGCUAGGGACAAAGCUAGAUUAACACUGGAAACCAUUGCCAGGGAACCUCAGGGUGUACCUCCUUCCCUUGCAGUUCCACUCGUGUCCACCCUGGCUACCAUUGCUCCUAACUGUCCCCAGAAUUACGUCGAAGAUGUCAUUGCCACACAGCUUGCAGGCAUCACUGCUUCGGCACUUCAGCAGCCACGUAAAACAGACCUGGUUAACGCACUUGUGGAAGCCUAUUGUGUCCUUGUCUACUGUCCUCUAGGUUCACAGUGUAUAAAUGGAGUUCUUCUUCCUGGUCUGAAAUAUCUAGAGACUCUAGUCAAUCAGGUACUACCUCAACAGAAAGAAGCAGUGCGGUCUCUGUUAAGAGAAGCUGAAUCUCACCAGGAAUUGCCAAAAUUAAUGGAGAGAACUUCGUCAACCAGCUCAGGACUCUCCUUGUCUAUGGCUACAGCUAAUGUUGGCCAGGGUGUCGAAGACAUGCGUCAGAGAAUGAGCAAGAUGUUCCAACAGAAAACAAACUCUUCAAGCAUGCCAAGUAUGCCCAGUAUCUUCCGCAAAAAGUAAAUAGUGUGAUCGUCAAUUGCUUUACUAAGAGAUCAUUAAAAGUAGAAACAAGUGGACUUGUUUGUAAUGAAUCCUCUAGAGAGGGUAUGUAUUAUUUUGAUUUGUAUUUUUCAUUUUGGUGCUACAAUUUAUUCUUCGUACACGUACUUAAUUGAAAUCUCUUAGAACUAAGUGUAUCUAAUUCUGUACCGACGUGUACAUACGUAUUAGCAUAGUAAGCACCUUUUCCAAUAAUUAUAAAUUAACAUUUUUAAUGAUUUCACUAAAUUAAUAUUAACCACUGUUAUCAGAGACCCAGUCUAGAUUCUAUAUAUUGUAUUGUAAUUAUUCACAAUAGCAGUCAGACUGCUUAUAAAGAUUUAUAAAUUAUCCACCCUGCAUCGACUCUCAGAAUCUAACUGGUGAAAGAGGGUAAUGUCUCAUUUUGUCACUUAUAAGUAUCUUAGGGGUCAGAUUACCCCAAAGGGCACGUAUAUCAUUAUCUUGAAAGGCAUUAGAGAACCUUGUUUGUAACAGGUUCUACAUUUCUGUAAGAGAUGGCGCGACAUUUAUCAAAGAUGGCUCUGCCACUUAGUGUUUAAAUGACCGCCAAAAAGGGCGCAAAUUUGAAUUACCCGACGAUAUUAGUAUAGACUAGCAUAAUAUUUAAAGAUCUUAAAAGACAUGGGCCUAAGAUAAGAAAUGACAAUGAGGUAUACGGAAUACAGUGUUAUUUGUAUAUAUAUGAUUGAACUUGACAGUAAACUUACUGGUCAUCGUAGAUAACUUUUUACUUCAAAUUGUAUUUCGAUACUGAAAUUUUGUUUCUAAUAAUUUACCUAUGAGAUGUUAUAGUAUCAGAGAAAAAUAAUAUAUAUAAUAAAUAGUCAAGGAGCAGCUCUUUCAAUCGAGCCAAAAUAUACUUUGAAAAUACAGAUCUAUGCGAAUAGUAUAUAUAUACAUAUAUUUCUUUACUCGUCGCAUACAUAUAUACACAGUCGCAUACCCGCACGUAAUCUAAUUUUACUACAGAUGUAUUGUUACUUGGCAAUGAAUAAAUUUUAUAACAUA